CUUCAAGCCUCAGAAAUCCACCAGAAAUCCACGUUCAACAUGGAUUCGACCUACGCCGUUCUCGGUGCCACUGGCAACUGUGGCAAAGCCCUCAUACAAAUCCUCCUUCAAGACCCCAAGAACGAGAUCCGCGCCUACUGCCGCAACAAAGCGAAACUCAUGCGCACGCUCCCCGAAGAAACGCAAAGCAAGCGCGUCAAGAUCUUCGAGGGUGCCAUUACCGAUGUCGACCUGAUGGUCGAUUGCAUCCGCGACUGCCGAUCCGUCUUCUUCGUGGCUUCCAUGAACGACAACAUGCCCGGCUGCCGCGUCGGGCAAGACUCCGCCAUCUCCGUCAUUUCGGCAUUGAAGAAAAUCAAGGCCGAAGCGAAGACGCCGCCGCCGCCAAUGCCGAAGCUCGUCGUGCUUUCUUCGGCUACCAUCGACCCUUACCUCUCGCGCACUAUGCCGUGGUGGUUCCAUCCUAUCAUGAUCAGAGCUGGAUCUUUCGUCUACGAUGACUUGCGACUCAUGGAAGUCUUCCUGCGAGAUCAGCAAGACUGGAUUUCGACUAUCUUCAUCAAGCCGGGCGGUUUGGCGGUCGACAAGCAGAGGGGCUAUAGGCUGAGUUUGGACGAUCAUGAGUCUUUUAUUGCGUAUCCUGAUUUGGCGGCCGCGAUGAAGGAGGCUGCGGAUGAUCCUACCGGGCGGUACGAUAUGAAGAACCAAGUCUUCAUCAAAAUGUCCACUACCGCUACCACCACCAUCACGGCUGCGUCCCAGGUUCGCCUGUCCAAGGGCAGUGUGGGAAUCGUUCAUGGCGACAAAAUCCCUGAAGAGUCUCUCGAAGCCGCAACCCGCCUUUUGCAGCACAACCACGACAAGAACCAUAUAUUCUGGCGCGACGUCAACGGCCAUAAUCACAUGGCGCACGACUACCUCACCAUUCUCGCUCUGGGUGCAAGCCCGGCCGAACUACAGCAAGCCUACGACGACAACCAACCCAUCCAACGCCCACCGCCGGCAGUCGAUGAAGACGUCAUUGCCGCAAUGGCAGACGACUCGAAGUUUUUGGAGUAUCUGAACAAGGGCGACCAGUACACCAACUUCCUCGUCUUCUUCGAACGCCAGAUUGAGCAGAAGGGCUGGAAGGAAGUCAUCCAGCAGUAUGUCUUCAGUCGAACUCCAGUCGCGGAGGCUGUGCUCUCCGAGCUCUACGAGGGAGCAUAUCACCCGGUCAUUCACUUCGGUCUCGGCGUCGAAUUCGAGCAACCAAGUAUCAUCGCGGAGGGCCUCGCUCAGGCCGCCGCGCACAGCAACGUCGGCAUCGACAAGUUCCUUUUCGACUCCGAGAAAGAAGCUCUCAAUUCUUCCAUCGAUGCGUCAUCCAAGACGCUCGUGGAGCUCCUGAAGGAAGCCGGCGCAAACGAGACAAUCCACUACGCAGCCCGCUGGACCGACAUGGCCAACAAGAUCAACCACGGCGUUUUCGGUCGCGCCAGUCCCGAGGUCACGGCUCUAGCUUCCCAGUUCCGCGUAACUCCGGAGAACCUGGAACGACGCUGCGCCGAGGUCCUCAACUGCGCCGCGUACAUGGCCGGCUGCGCCCAGCGCAAGGGCAAGGGCCGCAAGAUCGACUUCUUCUACAUGCACAACGUCACGAGCUCCAUCUUCUUCACCGUCUUCAUGAAGCAGCCGUGGAUCAAAGUCGAAGACAAGGUCCGGCUCGUUGAAUGGAAGGGCCGACUGGACAUCGUGUGGUAUGCCGCCAGCGGCUGCCCGGAGCUCAACGUGGACGAUGUGGCGGGUUAUGAAGCGACUCAUGCGAAGGAUAUGGGCUGGAAGGAACUCUAUCGUGCCAUCACUGCCAUGCAUGAUGAUGGACAUGUUGCGAAGUUUGUGCGGGCGUUGAAGAACGGAGAGGAAGUGUCGAAGCCGUUCGAGCAUGGAGAGCAUGGGGAUGCGUUCCCGUUGAAGGGCGAUAUGUGGUUGAAGCUGGCCCGCAUGGCUUACGAUACUACGUUGGGCCUCUCUCCGGAGGGGAAAUGGAUUUGGGGCGCUGGAUUCGACCAGCCCUGGGGCGGGAUCCCCAAUGUGCAGUAGGGGAACAUUUUGCUCGAGCGCGCUCACGAUGGAUUCCAGCGAGAAGUAUGAGAGUCGAAAAUUCCUAAUGGGAUUGAUCUAUUCCGCUUCGCUGCUAUCUGGCAUGUGAUCGUGUGUCUGUUGAAUACAUGAAUAGAUGCGCCCCUUGGGUAGCGGAACCACUGGAAUAGGCUCUUCGCAGUAUUUUUGGUCACACAGUUAGAAUACCUGAUCACGUUCCUUUUUCCU